UUUUUCCUUUAUUUUUUCUCAGUUCCUCGCAGGAAUCUAAACGUUGUUUCUCCGCCAUGAUACAUUCUAUAUCGAAACCUAUGAACCAAAUUCAACGAGUUCUGAGAAACCAUUUCGUUAAAAUCCAGAGACAUUCUAAACAUAACCAUAGUUUCGGUGCUAAAAACCCGAACACCGAAAUAAAUCGUGAAAACCCUAAAAAACGACACCCAAAAAGGCCAACCCCUUUUGUCGCAACUAUGAAAGUAACACAUGACCCGGAUGAAGCUUUGUCUCUUUUCCAUGAAUAUUACCGAAGGGGUUAUAAGCAUGAUUAUCCAUCAUUUUCUUCUCUUAUUUAUAAGCUUGCAAAGUCUCGGAAUUUCGAAGCUGUUGAAAACCUUCUUGGCAUUUUACAAAAUCUUAAUAUUCUUUGCAAAGAAACCCUUUUUUGUGCUUUGUUCCAACAUUAUGGAAAAGCUGAUUUGACUGAAAAAGCUGUUGAACUUUUCCAUAAGAUGACUUCUUUUAAUUGCGUUCGCACGGUUCAGUCUUUGAAUUCUGUUCUUAAUAUUCUCGUCGAUAACGAUAGGUAUUCUGAUGCGAAGGAGCUCUUUGAUAAGUCAAAAGAAAUGGGCUUUCGUCCGAAUUCGGUAACAUUCAACGUGAUCAUAAAGGGGCUUUUGGAAAGGGCGGAGUUUACUGAAGCUUGUAAUUUGUUUGAUGAAAUGCUCGAAAGAAACGUGGAACCUUCUGUUGUUACUUAUAAUAGUUUUAUUGGGUAUUUGUGUAAAAAGGGUGACGUGGAAAAAGCUAAGACUGUAGUUGAAGAUAUGGUUAAGAAAGGAAAGCAUCCAACUGCUGUGACUUAUGCUUUGUUAAUGGAAGGUUUGUGUUCUUUAGGUGAAUACAAGGAAGCUAAAAAAAUGAUGUUUGAUAUGGAAUAUAAAGGUUGUAAAACGAAGGUUAUUAACUUCGGUGUUUUGAUGAAUUUUCUGGGAAAGAGAGGGGAGAUUGAGGAAGCUAAAUCAGUGCUUAGUGAAAUGAAGAAAAGGCGGUUUAAGCCAGAUGUUGUGAUUUAUAAUAUAUUGGUGAAUUAUCUUUGUAAGGAAAGCAGAGUUGAAGAAGCCUACAAACUUCUGAUUGAAAUGCAGAUUAAAGGUGUUGAGCCUAAUGCAGCUACAUAUAGGAUGAUGGUUGAUGGGUUUUGCAUGGUUGGGGAUUUCGAAGGUGCUUUGAAGGUCUUGAAUGUGAUGUUGAAGAGUAGACAUUGUCCGCGGUUGGAAACAUUUUGUCGGUUGGUUGCAGGGCUACUAGGGCGCGGGAAAACAGAUGGUGCUUGCUUUGUUUUGGAGGAGAUUGAGAAGAGGAAAAUGAGGCUUGAUUUGGAAGCUUGGGGAGCUUUGGUAAGGGAUGCUUGUAGUGGUUUUGAGACUACUGAGCUCUUAACACAAAUUAUCAUGGUCAAUAACGAUUCUUAAUCGGU